AUUCUAUAUCUUCCGCGGCUUUACACUCCAAAGUCCAAAGCCACGGAAUUCACCAAAACCCGACAAAGCUUCCUCUUCUCCUUCUUCUUCGGACAGGAGACGCAGAAAAGCCAGUGCUCUGGUGGAUUCUCCCUGACUUAGAUUCGGUCUCAGGGUAUGUCUGAAUUCUGUUCACCGCAGGAGAAGAAGAACAAGUGUCGCGUAAAGAGGUGAUCAUUAUAAGAAAAUGGCGAACAUAGACAUAGAAGGGAUACUGAAGGAGCUGCCAAAUGACGGCAGAGUCCCGAAGACGAAGAUCGUUUGCACGCUUGGCCCGGCGUCUCGGUCUGUGGAGAUGAUAGAGAAGCUUCUGAAGGCAGGCAUGAACGUAGCUCGAUUCAACUUCUCCCAUGGCAGCCAUGAUUACCAUCAGGAGACACUCGACAAUCUCCGGACAGCUAUGCAGAACACCGGCAUUCUCUGCGCUGUCAUGCUUGAUACCAAGGGUCCAGAGAUUCGGACAGGUUUCUUGAAAGAUGGUAAAGCUAUACAAUUGAAGGAAGGUAUGGAGAUUACCAUCACCACUGACUACGACAUCAAAGGAGAUGAACAGAUGAUAUCCAUGAGCUAUAAGAAACUGCCCGUCGACGUAAAGCCCGGAAAUACCAUACUAUGCGCGGAUGGAAGCAUAAGCCUUGCCGUCUUGUCGUGCGAUCCUAAGGCCGGAACAGUUAGAUGCCGGUGUGAAAAUACGGCGAUGUUGGGUGAAAGAAAGAACGUGAAUCUCCCGGGUGUUGUUGUCGAUCUCCCGACAUUGACGGAGAAGGAUAAGGAAGAUAUCCUCGGAUGGGGAGUUCCAAACAACAUUGAUAUGAUUGCUCUUUCAUUUGUGCGGAAAGGUUCGGAUCUUGUUAAUGUCCGGAAGGUCCUUGGAUCUCAUGCUAAGCAUAUCAUGUUGAUGUCAAAGGUUGAGAACCAGGAAGGAGUGAUCAACUUUGACGAGAUCUUGCGUGAAACCGAUGCCUUCAUGGUUGCUCGGGGAGAUCUUGGGAUGGAGAUUCCGAUCGAGAAGAUCUUCCUGGCUCAGAAGAUGAUGAUCUACAAGUGUAACCUUGCAGGUAAACCCGUGGUUACCGCCACCCAGAUGCUCGAAUCCAUGAUUAAGUCGCCCCGACCGACCCGAGCCGAAGCCACCGACGUCGCCAACGCGGUCCUCGAUGGCACUGACUGUGUCAUGCUCAGCGGUGAGAGCGCGGCCGGAGCCUACCCAGAAAUUGCCGUCAAGAUCAUGGCCAGGAUUUGCGUCGAGGCCGAAUCCUCUCUCGACUACGCCACGAUCUUCAAGGAGAUGAUACGGACCACUCCAGUUCCUAUGAGCCCUUUGGAGAGUCUAGCAUCAUCAGCCGUACGGACAGCCAACAAGGCCAAGGCGAAACUCAUCAUCGUUAUGACACGUGGAGGAACAACCGCCAAGCUCGUAGCCAAGUACAGACCAGCGGUUCCGAUCUUGUCGGUGGUGGUCCCUGUCCUGACGACCGAUUCCUUCGACUGGACCUGCAGCGACGAAUCGCCCGCGAGGCACAGUCUGAUAUACCGAGGUUUAAUCCCGAUGUUGGCGGAAGGAUCGGCAAAGGCUACGGAUGCAGAGUCUACGGAAGCAAUCCUCAAGGCAGCGAUGAAGUCGGCAACCGGGAAUCGGCUGUGCAAGCCCGGCGACGCGGUGGUGGCGCUCCACCGUGUCGGGGCUGCGUCUGUUAUAAAGAUCUGCAUGGUGAAGUGAACUCAACCAUCAUAAUUGUAAAAAAAAAGUCCGGUUCUUUGUUUGAGAACAGCCUUCUAUGAUGUUUUUGUUUUCUUGUAGAAGUGAGAGUAGAGCUCUUCAUAUGUGUAAGAACAACUCUGUAUUGGUGCUUUGAGAAUGUUACACUGAGUUUUUAUC